ACGAUGGGCUACUCUCCUGCGCUGCUGGCUCAUUAAGGUGGCUUCUCUUUGAAUUUGGCUCCCGCCGCAGAGAACAUGCGCAGUGUGCGGCGCACCGCCUUCAGUCCGCGGAGCAGCUGUCCAGCGUUUGGAAUUCCAACAUGGCAGAGGCUGUGGUCAGUCUUCCCCUCACUAACUCGGAAUGGUUUCAAAUCGCGUGCAGCCGCGCUGAACCCCAGCGAGCCAUCCCCGUCCGCGCCCUCGCCGGAUCGAUGCUGCUGUAGACCCCGACGCCGCCCCGUCACCUACACAGGCUUGAAGACAUGAUCUCUAGCACCAGUAUCUAUGGUCUAAAGAUGCAGUGGACCCCAGAGCACACACAAUGGGCAGAGCAACACUUUGAUAUCUCAUCCACUACCCGCUCACCAGCACACAAAGUAGAGGCCUACCGGGGGCACUUACAGCGAACGUACCAGUAUGCGUGGGCAAAUGAUGACAUCUCUGCACUGACUGCCUCCAAUCUGCUAAAGAAAUAUGCAGAGAAGUACUCUGGGAUCCUAGAGGGCCCAAACGAAAGAGCCCUGCUGUGUUCCUACUCUGAUAGCACCACCGGACUCAUGAAUGGAAGAAAGUCUGAGAAUGAGUCCUGGCAGGAGGGGAUUUACCCAAUGAACUGUGCUCCAGAUGUUAUAUCUGUGAGCAAAGCUGGAAUGACAGCUGCCCUACCCCCUACAGAUGUGUCGGCUAGCAUAGGCAGCUCCCCAGGGGUGGCCAGCAGCUUGUCUGAGCCUAGCUUUUCCAGCAGUAACUGUGGGAGCCACACAGCCACUACUCUCCACUCGGGCCUCCCCUCUCAGGAAUAUACCGCCAGCUACAAUGGCUCCUACCUACAUUCUAGCUACAGUGGCCAGAAUACCCCAGCCCUUCCCUCCCCACACCCGUCUCCUCUGCACAGUGCUGGGCUCUUACAACCACCGCCCCCACCUGCUCCCCCUACCUUAGUGCCAAGCUACAAUGCCGGGUCUCCCAACCUUCCCAACUACAAUUAUCCUCCAACAGGGUACCCUUCCCAGACUGCUGUUGGUCCUAGUUAUAGCCCUGGGGGACCGCCUCCUUCUGCCUAUCUGCCGUCCGGUAUUGCAGCUCCAACACCACUCCCUCCCUCCACACUGCCUGGCUACACCUACCAGUCCCAUAAUCAUACACCAAUUGCACCAACACCUUUGAAUGGCAGCACAUCUAACUCAUUAAAACGAAAAGCUUUCUACAUGAGUGGACAUGAAGAUAUGGACUCCAGCUACGGUAAUUUCAACUACAACCAACAGCGCUCUUCACAGAGCCCGAUGUACAGAAUAACAGACAGCAGUGUCUCAGACUCAAACAGGGGCAAUGGCUUUGAAAGAAAUGCUGAGGCUUCAUCUUUAGCGUUUAAGCCAACCAAGCAGCCACUGUCUUCUGAUCAACAAAGAAAAUAUAGCAUGCACUCUGGCAGAGCACUAACUCCUCCAUCCUAUGGAUCAACCAAAAACUCUGUGGGCGAUCUUAGAGCUGGAGAGCCCUACAGCAAGUUUGGAUCUCCCAUCAUGAGUGAGCAAACUGAAGAGCACAGACAGCACCUCUCUCACUCACUAACAGGUCCCGACAUUGGUACGGCUACCUCGUCUAUCCAUGCUGCAGAGGAGCAACUGAAGAACAGUGAUUCCAACCUGGUGGAGAUGGUAACCUCAGAAAUCCUUCAGCAGGUUCCUCCAGUGGACUGGAGUGACAUUGCGGGUCUUGAUAUGAUCAAAGCAGCCAUUAAAGAGGAAAUACUAUGGCCCAUUUUAAGGCCAGAUAUGUUUAGUGGACUUGCCACAUUACCUCGAAGCCUCCUUUUAUUUGGACCUCAGGGAACUGGUAGAACGCUGCUGGCCCGCUGCAUGGCUAGCCAAUUCGGGGCUGCCUUCAUGCGACUCAGCAGCUCAAGUUUGGUGACAAAGUGGCUCGGGGAAGGGGACAAGAUCAUCCAGGCUUCAUUCCUGGUGGCCCGGUGCCGCCAGCCAGCCGUGGUCUUCAUCAGCGAAGUGGACCUGCUGCUGUCUGCCCAGCUCAGUGAGGAGAGCCCGGUGAAUCGCCUCAAGGCUGAGCUCCUCAUGCAGCUUGACAGUAUUCUGACCUCUGUUGAGGACCAUGUCCUCGUGGUCUGCUCCACCAAUAAGCCGGAAGAGAUCCCAGAGUCCCUUCGGAGGUACUUUACCAAGCGACUGCUCAUCCCUUUGCCUGAUGGGACAGCACGACACCAGAUAAUCAGCCAACUGCUGUCACAGAAUAACUACUGUCUUAGUGACAAAGAGAUGUCACUACUGGUUCAGAGGACAGAGGGUUUUUCAGGACUGGACGUGGCCCAGCUGUGUCAAGAGGCUGUAGUAGGUCCUUUCCAUGGAAUUCCUGGUGCUGAUCUGUCAAGUAUCCAUCCCAGUCAGAUGCGACUGGUCUCCUACCAAGACUUCGACAAUGUGUUCUGCAAAUUUCAGCCUAACAUAUCACAAAAAGAACUUGAUAUGUACACUGAGUGGAAUAAAAUGUUUGGUUGUUGUCAGUGAAAAAGACCCAUCGAAAACAAUUUCUUUAAACCCAAUAAUUAAACAAAUUCAGCGAACAAGAAAAAUAAACAGUGGUGACAUGAACAUAUGUAGAGCAAAGGGAUUGUCCUUGAAAGACAGGUGACAGUCUGGAUAUCACACAUUUGUAACUAAUUAAUGCUUUACUCGGCUAAAGCCAUCUGCUCACUAAAGCGCAAACGACAUGUAGAGAAUGCCCCCAGUUUUUGUAUAUACAUAUAUA